AUGUGGUCUAGAAGAAUUGUCUCAAUUAGUGGAGACACUUCACAACGUCUAUUGCGUAUCAACAAUAGAACACAUUACAUUCCCAGGUUCACAUCGUACCUUUAUCAUACAUUAUCAGGAACAAAAUUGGCUCAAGAUAUAAGAAGAAAAGCACAUGAAGAAAUUCAGUCUAUAAAGACCCAAUUCCCUACUUUCAAUCCGACUUUAAAAAUCAUUCAAAUUGGUGAAAAACCUGAUUCAUCCACUUAUGUCCGUAUGAAAUUGAAGGCUUCAAAAGAUAGUGGAGUUAAUUGUAUCAUUGAAAAAUUGCCAGAAUCAAUCUCAGAAAUAUCACUCCUGAACAAAAUUAAACAAAUUAAUGAAGAUGACUCCAUUCAUGGUCUCUUAAUUCAAUUACCAUUACCUCAUCAUUUAAACGAAACUAAGAUUACAAACUCUGUUUCUGCAUUCAAAGACGUCGAUGGAUUUCAUCGUUAUAACGCUGGUGAAUUAGCUAAGAAAGGUGGGAAUCCAUAUUUCAUUCCAUGUACCCCUCAUGGUUGUAUUAAAUUAUUAGAAGAUGCAAAGAUUGAUCUUAAAGGCAAACAUGCAGUUGUGUUAGGUAGAUCUGAUAUAGUUGGAACACCAGUAUCGUCGUUAUUGAAAAAUGCUAAUGCAACUGUCACGAUAUGUCAUAGUCAUACUAAAGAUCUACCUUCCAUUUUAUCUACUGCUGAUGUUAUCAUUGCAGCUUGUGGUAUGCCACAAUAUGUUAAAGGCGAGUGGUUGAAAAAAGGCGUCGUGAUCAUUGACGUUGGUAUCAAUUAUAUACCAGAUUCUACAAAAAAAUCUGGUGUUAGAUUAGUUGGUGAUGUGGAUUUCGAAUCUGCUAAGGAUAAAGCUUCGUUCAUUACACCUGUACCAGGUGGUGUGGGACCAAUGACUGUUGCAAUGUUAGUACAAAACGUACUACAAGCUGCAAAGAAUCAAUUGGUGGAAAAUGAAAAAUUACCUGAAAUAACUCCAUUACCAUUAAAUGUCAUGAAACCAACUCCAUCUGAUAUUGAAAUUUCAAGAAAUCAAGAUCCAAAAUUUAUUGGGAAUCUUGCUGAAGAAUUAGGUAUACACCCUCAUGAAGUAGAAUUAUAUGGUCACUAUAAGGCAAAGAUUUCUCCAGAUAUAUUGGAUAGAUUACAUUCUAAUGAAAAUGGGAAAUAUAUUCUUGUGGCAGGGAUCACACCAACACCAUUAGGUGAAGGUAAAUCUACAACUACCAUGGGUCUAGUGCAAGCCUUAACAGGUCACAUGGGUAAACCUUCGAUUGCUAACAUUCGUCAGCCAUCUUUAGGUCCAACUUUAGGUAUCAAAGGUGGUGCUGCAGGUGGUGGUUAUUCUCAAGUUAUCCCAAUGGAUGAAUUCAAUAUGCAUCUAACUGGGGAUAUCCAUGCUAUUGGUGCAGCCAAUAACUUAUUGGCUGCUGCUGUUGAUACAAGAAUGUUCCAUGAAUCUACUCAAAAGAAUGAUUCUACUUAUUAUAAUAGAUUGGUCCCAAGGAAAAAUGGUGUCAGAAAAUUUACACCUUCCAUGUUGAAGAGAUUAGAAAAAUUAGGUAUCAAUAAAACAAAUCCUGAUGAUUUAACUCCUGAAGAAAUAAACAAAUUUGCAAGAUUAAAUAUCGAUCCUGAUACAAUCACAAUUAAAAGAGUCGUGGAUAUUAAUGAUAGAAUGCUAAGACAAAUCACCAUCGGUGAAGCACCAACGGAGAAGGGGUUUACAAGGAAGACUGGAUUUGACAUCACAGUUGCAUCUGAAUUGAUGGCCAUUUUAGCUUUGUCCAAAGAUUUGAAAGAUAUGAGAGAACGUGUUAGUCGUGUAGUUAUUGGAUUCAAUCAUAAUAAAGAACCCAUUACAGCAGAAGAUGUUCAUUGUGCUGGUGCUAUCUGUGCUUUAUUAAAAGAUGCAAUCAAACCAAAUUUAAUGCAAAGUUUAGAAGGUACGCCUGUCUUGGUACACGCGGGCCCAUUCGCUAACAUAUCUAUUGGUGCAUCCUCGGUAAUUGCUGAUCGUGUUGCCUUAAAAUUGAUGGGUAAAAGAAAAUCCUUGGUUGAACAACAUAAAGAUUCAGAAUCUGGUUACGUAAUCACUGAAGCUGGUUUCGACUUUACUAUGGGUGGUGAACGUUUCUUUAAUAUCAAAUGUCGUGCAUCUGGACUAACUCCAGAUGCUGUUGUUCUUGUUGCUACCGUAAGAGCUUUAAAAUCACACGGUGGUGCACCAGAUGUCAAACCAGGCCAAAGUUUACCAAUUGAAUACACCACUGAAAACCUCGAAUUCGUUUCCAAAGGUGUUGCUAAUCUUUGUAAACAAAUUGCUAAUGUUAAGCAAUAUGGCGUCCCUGUCGUCGUUGCCAUUAACAGAUUUGAUUCCGAUACUGAUGCAGAAGUGGAAAUAAUAAGGAAAGCAGCCAUGGAAGCUGGUGCUUUCGAUGCCGUUCCUACUACCCAUUUCCAAGACGGUGGCAGAGGUGCUUUAGAUUUGGCACAAUCAGUCAUCAAAGUCACUAAUCAACCAUCUAAUUUCAAAUAUCUAUAUGACGUGAAUGAUUCUAUUGAAAAUAAGCUUACAACUAUCGUUCAAAAGAUGUAUGGUGGAGCCAAAAUUGAAAUUUCUCCAGAAGCUCAACAAAAAAUCGAUUUAUAUAAAGAGAAAGGCUUUAGUAAUCUACCAAUCUGUAUAGCCAAGACUCAAUAUUCCUUAUCACAUGAUCCAAAAUUGAAAGGUGUUCCAACUGGAUUCACCUUCCCAAUUAGAGAUAUUAGAGCAUCCAUCGGUGCCGGAUACCUAUAUGCCUUAGCUGCAGAUAUCCAAACAAUUCCAGGUCUUUCAACUUACGCAGGUUACAUGAACGUUGAGGUGGAUGAAAACGGCGAUAUUCAAGGGUUGUUUUGA